UAUACUAUACACGGAAAAUUGUCGGUUAUAUUCCGAUCCAAGCACUGUUUUUAUAUAUAUUUAUGUUAUCUUUGCUUAUUUUCACAAGGAACGCAGGUCUUUGAACCUAGGAACGUUCCAUUAGUGAUUAGUUUAUUCAGAAAUGUAAUUAGAUUUUCGAUACUUUGAGAAAAGUUUCCCACAGAAUAUAACAUAUCAUACCUAGCAAAGGUGCCAGAACUCAACACGUUCAUCUUCGGUAGUUGAUGGGAGGCAAUCUACGACUUUGAAGAAAAUUUUAUUUAGAACAGGUGUUUCAUUAUGACAUCUAUUGUUGGACCAGUCCAGUUGUCUGACAUACAAGAGGCCAGGGAGUACAUGAAAGGAAAAUUACAACCAAUACCUUUAGUCCAAUUAAGGGAACACAAAAAUAUCUUUUUAAAAUUGGAAAACUUGCAUCCUAUUGGUUCAUUUAAACUGCGAGGUGCAUUAAAUGCUAUUAGAAAGAUACCAAUAGAAACAUUAGAACUCGGAAUAUGCACUGCCAGUGCUGGUAACUUUGCUCAAGGUUUGACUUGGAGUGCAAAGAGCAUGGGUAUAAUUUGUAAUGUUUUGGUACCAAGCCACGCUCCUUUGACCAAAGUAUCAGAAAUGGAGAAACUGGGAGGAAUUAUAACCAAAGUACAAUUUGAUAAGUGGUGGGAGGCAAUUCAGACACAUAGUUAUGAAGGAAUGAAGGGGACUUUUGUUCAUCCUUUCUGUGAACCAGAUGUUGUAGCAGGUAAUGGCACAAUAGGUUUGGAGAUUGUGGAUUGUAUAUCUGAUAUCAAUAACAUAAUAGUUCCCUAUGGAGGAGGAGGUCUGAUUUGUGGCAUAGCUAUAGCUGCUAAGGCACACAACCCAAACAUCAAAGUCUAUGCAUGUGAAGUGGAGACAGCAUGUCCAUUAAAGGCAUCACUUCAAGCUGGGCAACCAGUCGAUUUUCCUUAUCAGGCCAGUUUUGUAGAUGGGAUGGGAGGUAAAACCAUUCUUCCUGAAAUGUGGCCAAUGGUUAAAAGUCUAGUGACAGACUCGAUUGUUGUUAGUUUACAAGAAGUGGCUGAUGCAGUUAAGCUUUUGAGUGAGGGAAACCACAUAAGGGCAGAGGGGGCAGGUGCUGCUACUGUAGCUGCAGCAUUGAAAGGUUUUGUUGGAAAUGGGAAAACAGCAUGUAUAAUAUCAGGUGGAAAUAUAGAUACAGAUAAAUAUAUACAGUGUUUACAGGGCAAGGUACCAGCCUGAUAUCAUACAGCUGAGGUAAAGAAGGAUAUAAGAUACAAAUUGUGGAUGACUAAUUAAUUAUUCAAAACAGAUAUCCGUUCUUACUAAUAAGUAAAGAGGCAUAUAGCUCGUAAUUACCUUAUAAUCGAUAUAUAUUUUCAUUCAUUUUACUUGUUAUUUUCUUCUUGACGUUUUAGAUGCUUUUAUAAAAAUUUUACUUCGAUUUUAAAUGUAUCAUUUCAAUAAGUAAGUAUACGUCUGAGAUAAAGCUAAUUAAAUGAUAAACUUUAUACUUAUUAUAAAUUUAAUAGUAUGAUUCUAUUCUUAACUAUAAAUGUUUCUUAAUUUAACUUAAUUUUUUAUCCAAGAAAGAGUGAGCUCAUACAAUUAUUAGCAGACUUAAGUGUGAUUUAAUGGAUUUUAAUGAUGUAAAAGAAUUAUGUUUAAGCUUAUAUUAUUGACAUUUUGUUAAUCAAAAAUUAAAUAUU